UCGCAAUUCACGAUGAGCGGCUUCGGCAGACCUCCUUCAAAAAUAACAUUCUCUCCAACGCCGUAGCCUCCCUAACCUCCCCUCCACCCCCUGCGCUCGCUAACAAAUCGGCUCUCACAGCCCGGAACGCGGGAGCUUCCCGCUCGACCAUGAUGGUACCCCCGCCGCCGCUGCCCGAACUUCCUUUACGGCACGAUAAAGGGCUAAUGAUGAGGAUAAGGGGAGUGUAAACCCGUGAUGCAGGACU